AGACUCUCUCAACUUUCUCUUUCCCUUGCCGUCACAAACUCACAAUCGUCAAUUGCUAAACCAUAAUAAUUCACAAAACGACAACACACUAUCUAAAACGGCAACACCAGCAUCUCCGAUUCUCUCUACACUUUCUCUCUCUACACUUUCUCUCUCAUUCCAUCCAAUCCUCGAUCCGAGCCUCACGAUUGAACCGUCGUGCCGGAAACUUCUUGAAGAUGUAGGUAUACUGCCAACCAAUAUUUGGCAAUGCCGGGAGUUGGUUACGUUUUAGAUUCUCCGGCAGUGAAUUUUUGAAUCACAUAUAUACGUUGAAACUCCCAUCGAUGCCAUCUUUUGAACUAAAUUUUCUCAGCUAAGUGGAUUAUGCUUCAAACUUUCAACAUUUUUGGACUUGUAUUUAUAUUUCUUUUAGAUUCUCCGACGGCGUCAUGUUCUUUUUGAGUAGGGUCCUAGUUUUAAAAAUGGAACAAAAUUCUGUUCAAAUAUUUAUAAUUCACAAAUGAUAAAAUGGGAAUAAGAAUGUACUACUAUUUAUAAUUUUUUUUAUGGCGGUGGGGGUGGGAGAAGUAGCUUUCUAUGUGCAUGAUUUGAGAAUUUGGUGAAGAACUCUCUUACGAUCAAAUCUCAUAUUUUCUCCUUUCUUCCACCUUGAUGGAGGAGGGUAAGCUUGCUAAAGAACUUUAUGCUGAAAGUUUACAAUUCUCUAAAUUAGAAUUAAGUUCGAAUCACGCCGAUGAUCACGGCGAUAAAUUAAAAGAUUGUGAUGGUGAUAAUUUGAAUCUUGAUGAUUCUUUGUGGGGUGAUUCUGAUGAUGACAAGGUGAAUAAGUCAUCGGAUUUGGACCGGGAGUGGCAGAGGAGGCAUGACCAAUUCCAUACGAUUGGUUAUCGAGAAGGUCUUAUAGCAGCUAAGGAAGCUUCUGCACAAGAGGGAUUCAAUAUCGGUUUUAAACAAUCUGUACACGCUGGUUAUAGCUGGGGUGUUGUAAGAGGAGUAGCUAGUGCUUUUGCUCAUCUUCCAAAUCAGUUAAAAGAGAAAUUGGUUGAAUCACUAGAAAAGAGAAAUGAAUUCCAAGAGCUGUAUGAAUCAGUGCAAUCUUUGUCAACACCAGAUGCCCUUAGGUUGUUUCACGAAGACUUCAAAGCACAAGAAGCCUCGGAACAAAAUGAACACACAGAUGUUAGCGGCCACACAGUAAGUUUGCAAGAGCAAAUUUCCCAUAACUCUCCUCUGACAAAUUAUCGUGCACAGCUUGAAUCUCUGAUUUGUGAUACUCCUGCUAUUGACAGUCAUUUACCUGAACCGAAAUAAAUGGUGAUACCUUGUAUUGUAUGUAAAAUACUUUAGCCUAGAAUGGUAAGGCCUUCUUGUGGAAACUAUCUUCCAUUUACAUGAUUGUAAAAACUUAUAAAUUGUGUAAUUCAGUUCCAUCCAUAAACUCCGUUUUUUAAAAUGAUAGCCAUGUUUUUUAUACAAA